GAAUCUAGGGAAGGAUGAUAUGUAUUCUACUCGAAAGUUUUAAAUUCAAAAUGGACGUCGUUCGGGUUAUCCAGGACCAAGGUUAUUUCGUUAAUGGUAUAUCUCCCUACGGUGAAAAAAAAAAUGAGCGCCACGCCCAAACAUUUAGGUCCCGUUUCAAUCUCGAGCCCAGAGUUUCUCCGGCUCCGCCAUUUUAAAAAGUAGAGAAGACCCUGGGGAUGAGGUUAGCGUGCUUGGUAGCCAAGCUUCUCCUGCAAUGGCGGGUAAUGUGCACUGAAAUGACUGUAUAGCACACAAACGUGAGUUUAAGAGUCCUUAAUCUCAAAGAUAAAUAUGUUUGGCCAGCCAAACCAGCAACAACCUUCUGGUAGUUUAUUUGGAACCACAUCCCAGCUUGGUCAGACUACUGGGGGCUUCACAUUUGGCAGCACUAGCACAUCAAGUGCUCCUUCAGUCGGAUCAGGGUUCAGCUUUCCAGCACCGACACAGCAACCAGCAGGUUUUUCAUUUGGUUCUUCUGGGACAACAUCUGCAGCAGCACCUGGCAGCAUAGGGGGCAUACCUUUUGGUACAACACCUGGAAGCACAGGGGGAUUAACCCAACCUGCCAGCACAGGAGGUUUAAAUCUAGGUGCAAAACCUGCCACUCAAGCAGGGGGAUUCACUUUUGGUUCAGCAACACCUAGCAGUGGCUUUCAGUUUGGCAAACCAGCAGGAUCUGCAACAUCCACUCCACAAACUGGAGGGUUUGCAUUUGGUUCUGUCACCUCAAGUGGGGUUUCUUUUGGUGCCCCAGCAACGCCAUCCUCUCAAGCAGCCAGUAGUGGCUUGAAAUUAGGAGGCGCUGGAGGAUCAGGGCUUGCAUUUGGCACCCCAGCACCCUCUGCAACUGCUGCCGCACCUGGAGGCAUCUCACUGGCUAGUGCAACUACAAGUGCCACCUCUUCCCCAUUCACAGGGGGGUUUACACUUGGUAAAACCUCUGCCGCCACUGGGACAUCAAACACUGGGUUCACCUUGGGUGGGGGUUUGGCUCAACCCACAGGACUUUCAGGCUCUUUGUUCAGCACUCCAAAUAGUCAAACAGGUGGAUUAAGCUUAGGGUCUGCACCAUCACAAGGGUUUACUCUUGGAACAGGCAAAACAACUGCACCUGCUACGGUGAAUCCAACACCAACAUUUGUACCUGGCAGUGCAACGACAGCUGCUUCUUCAGCUUCAUCAGGAUUUGGGCCCAAAAGUGGCAGUGCGGGAGGAAACCCCAGCUCUGGGCUUACUGUGGGAGCCACUCCAGCAGCGGCUACAACAAGUGGACUGUCUCUUGGAGGUGGGCUCAAAUUAGGUGGGACAGCAGCUACUCCAGCUAGUGCUGGAUUCACACUUGGUAUUCCAGCAGCAGCUGCUGGUUCAGCUACUCCUGUCACAGGUUCUUUGUCUGGGUUAGCGAAAACCACAGCAGCUACCGCCACCGCUAGUACAACCUCCAUUGGCCUCACCCUUGGUACCACUGGCACAACUACAGCACCUGGGUUUUCUUUUCCUGCAGCUUCAACACAAACAACUACGUCACUAUCAACUGCGACAACGACAGUUGCUGCAGGGCCUGGAACAAUAGCAAGUGCAGCAAGUGUACCCAGUACCGCAGCAGCAGCAGCAGCAGCAGCAGCAGCAGCAACAGCUACAAGUAAUGUACCACAAUUGACCUACAAACAGCUUGAAGAGCACAUCAACAAGUGGGCUCAGGAGCUAGCGGACUAUGAAAGGACCUUUCUGGAUCAAGCAGCACAAGUGAAUUCAUGGGAUAGGCUUCUUAUGGAGAAUGGAGAAAAGAUAACUGAAUUAAAUGCUGGUGUGGAGAAUGUGAAAGCAGAACAAAAAAGACUUGACCAGGAGUUGGACUUCAUAAUGGCGCAGCAACAAGAAUUAGAGGAAAUGCUGAAGCCGCUGGAAGAGGCUGUGAGCACUAGUAACUCAGGCAGCAGACAGCUUCAGCAGGCAGACAAAGAGAGAGACUUCACUUACAAGUUGGCAAAGGACAUUGACGGACAGUUGAAGCAAAUGGUUCAGGACCUCAAGACCAUCAUCGAUCAUCUUAACACCUCCAACACACAGCAGCAGGACACAGAUGACCCAAUUGCACAGAUAGCAAAGAUAUUAAAUGCACACAUGAAUUCGUUACAGUGGAUUGAUCAAAACUCAGGAAUACUUCAAAGAAAAGUUGAUGAGAUUGCCCGACUGAGUGAGACGAGAAGAAAAGAACAGGAAAGAAAUUUCAGACUGGCAUUUGACUGAGAACACCAUGUAUGACGUAAAAACAUUUGCUAGACCGGUGCCUUCUUCAGUAGAGCGGCAAUAUUUUGCUGGAGUUCAAACGAGUUAUCUGUAUAAAACUAAGACGCAUGUUGUAGGAUAAUAUGUACUCAGUUUCUAAGAGAAUAAACUCUCAAGUUUUGUACACUGA